UCGCUAGGCAAUAUCCUUACGCCCGCAGAGCUGUUAAAUGUUACAUUACGUCGUGGGCGUAAAGGCUCCUUGUAAUGGCGACCGUGCCGUAGAUGUGCCUAGGUUUGUGAAAAUGAAGCGGAGAAGAAGUUAUUUCUUUUAAGUAAAACGCCGAGGUUCCCCGGAGGAGGACUUUGCGUCGAUAACCGUCAUCUUCAUACGUGGUAAACAAAGCUGUACUUUUAUACUUUUGUGCUCCCGAAAUGAUGAAGCUCAAAUCAAACCAAACCCGGACGUACGACGGGGAUGGCUACAAGAAGCGGGCAGCCUGUCUGUGCUUCAGGAGUGAGUCGGAGGAGGAGGUGCUGUUGGUGAGCAGCAGUCGACAUCCUGAUAAGUGGAUUGUUCCUGGAGGGGGAAUGGAGCCUGAAGAAGAGCCUAAUGUUGCUGCAGCUCGAGAAGUGUGUGAAGAGGCCGGUGUGAAGGGAACCUUGGGUCGCUUAGUUGGAGUAUUUGAGAACAAGGAGAGGAAACACAGAACCUACGUGUAUGUUCUAAUUGUAACAGAAGUACUGGAGGACUGGGAAGACUCGGUCAACAUUGGGAGGAAAAGGGAAUGGUUUAAAAUAGACGAUGCCAUACAAGUGUUGCAGUGUCACAAGCCCGUGCAGGCCACCUACUUCGAGGCUCUCCAGGAGAGUUGCCUGACCAGUAAUGGAACGCCACUGGUGACCACGAUAGGCGAGGACCUCUCACCAACCUACAGCAUCAAUCAGAGCUCCGUCUCGGGUAUCAGAUAACUAGAACCACAACUCUGAUUUCCCCCUGGAGCUUUUGCCACCACUUGCGCUCUUACUUGUGUCACUUCUUUCUCUUCUCCUCUCUUCUGUCCUCUCUACUGUUUUUUUUUUUUUUUGGUCUUUUUUUUCAGUAACAUGGUUUGCCUUGCCAACUCCUUUGUGCCAGAAUUGUGGCACAGACUUGAUGACAAGUGUUGGGUGAAUAGACUGAAACACUUUGUAAAUGUAAUUAAAUGUAAUUUUUGAUCCCUG